UUCCAGAGUUAGAAGCAAUCUCUUGUUGACCUAUUAAAGGUUUUCAUCAGUCAAACUGAUAAAACUAAUAUUGAAACAAUCCAUUUGGAGAGCAUAAGAUUAAUAAUGCUCAAAUCCUCUUCAUGUUGUAAUAAACAUGGGGAAAGGUUGAAUUCUUACACUUAAAUAUUAAUGGAUAAUGGCAAAUUGCUAUUUUUCUUGCACACAAACACAAUGCAUUAUCCAUUUAAAAAGUCAAAGUUGAGAAAGUACCUUAAAAAUCUUCACAAGUCAACCCUUCAUUUCCAUCUCCAUUCUCUCAUGGCAAAAUCAAUGCUUAUGCUCCUUUUAUUCCUCUUCAUGGCAAUGUCAACUGCAGUUAUACUGCAGAAUCCGGAUUUUGAAUCUCCCCCUACCAAUAUAACGUCGAACAACAGCAAUCCGCUCUUGCUCCAAAACGGAAUCAAUAAAAUCCCAGGAUGGUCAUUCAGUGGUAUGGUUUGGUAUGUAACAGAUGGUCCCAACAUAUCGUUACCAGGCAACGGCCAUGGAGUUCAGUUAGGUCAAGACGGAAAGAUUAACCAGACGUUUAAAGUCGACGACAACGACUACGUCAAUAUGCUUACAUUCACCCUUGCUCCAGAAAGCAAGGAAUGUUCUAAUAAUACAGUUGCUGUAAAUGUAUCGACAUCUGCAAGAUCUAAGGUCUUCACCCUCGAAAGGCAUUAUGGAAAUGAGAUGUGGGAGAGCCACGCCUUUUACUUUGAAAGCUGGGAUGAUGGGAAUGGGUUCAUUAACCUUGUUAUUCAAGGAGUAUCAUUGCAGACUGAGAUGAAUAUCAUUUGCAGACCUGUGGUGGACACUUUUAUCAUCAAAAAAAUUGGAUCAAGUAUUGUAUAUGGUGGCAACAUGCUAGUGAAUGGCGGGUUGGAGGUGGGACCAGCAUUUCUCAAAAAUUCCGAAGAGGGAGUUUUACUGGAUGAAGAGCCAGAUCAAUCUGAAUCUCCUCUACAGCAAUGGUCAAUCAUAGGUACGGUAAAGUACAUAGACUCAGAAAACUACUAUGUGCCAGAAGGUAAUGCAGCAAUUGAGAUAGUCUCAAAUGAACCCUCCGGUAUAAUAACCAUCCUAAAACUCUCGAAGGGCACCGACUACAGCUUAGAAUUCACAAUGGGGGACGCUGGUGACUCGUGUAUCGGAGAUCUCAUACUGCAAGCUCAGGUAGGGAAAACUAAUCAGAAUUUUACCCUACAAAGCAAUGGUACUGGUUCAGCUCAAAAUCAAUCCUUAAGUUUUAAAGCAGAUGCAAAUUUAAGUUUCAUCAGCUUCACUAGCCUGAAUCAAGGACAAAGAAGUGAUGGAGUCUUAUGUGGCCCAGUAAUUGACAAUAUUAUUCUUAGCUAUAUCUCUUCGCCGACUGAUUCAACUCCGAAACUGAGCAGUGAUUUUUUAAGUGUGCUUUUCAUUGUUUUAGUGAUGCUAAUAAUGUAACUAUAUCAGAUAUAUAAGUUAACUUAUGGUA